CUCUCUUCAUCCAUCAUCGCCAGCAUGGAUGCCGAACUUGCUGAAGCGACCGUGCAGGAACUGCACGGGUUUCUAACCCAGCAUCCGAGCAUCGAGUGGGUGACUCCCGCCUCGCCCGAGUAUGCCGCCAUCCGCACAGCGUUUGCCCGCCUCCCCGCGCUCAAUCCUUGCGUGAUCGUCCGGCCCCCAACCAUCGCCGAGGCGGUCGCCCUGGUGGCCUUUCUGAUCGCCCGGGACAUCCCCUUCACCGUGCGGGCGGGGGGCCACGACAAUUUCGGCCGGUCGUUCCAGGACCAGGGGGUCACCCUGGACCUGCGACUCAUCAACCACGUCGAGAUCGACCCUUCGGGCGACACCGCCCGCAUCGGGGGCGGCGCCUUGCUCGGCCAGGUCAUCGCUCAGCUUCACAAACAGGGCUUGGUGGCUGCUACCGGAAUCGUCUCCGGGGUCGGAUACGUGGGAUGGGCGCUGUAUGGCGGCUACGGUCCGUAUAGCACCCAGUUCGGACUCGGGGUCGACCAGAUUCGGGCCGCCAAAGUCAUCAAUGCGCAAGGCGAGCUGGUGGAGGCCGAUGCCGACCUGCUGCGAGCCAUCCGGGGCGCCGGAGGAGCAUUUGGCGUCCUGGCGGAGAUUACCGUCCCGGUGCAUCGGCUGGAGAAGAUCCUGGCCGGUGUGCUUUUCUUUGACUCCCGCCAUCUGGCCGCCGUCAUCCGCCACUACAACCACGGCUACCAGGCCUUAUCCGCCCAAGGCAUCCCAGCCGCCCUCAGCCUCCAGCAGGCCGUGAUCAACACCCCCACCGGCCCGGCCUUCAUCGUGCUUUUCCUCUGGGGUUCUGCCGACCUCGAGACCGGGCGGGUCUGGCUCGACAAGAUUUCCACCCUCGCCUCGGUCGCGUCUCACUCCGUGCAGGAGACCACCCCACCUGCCUGGCUGGAGGAAGCCUCCCGCUUAGCCCCCAAGGACAGUCGCGGCCGGGUCUGGACCAUCAGCCUGCGCCAGCUCACCGACGAGGUUGUCGAUGCAAUAGGCACCUACACCACGGAAAUGCCCCCCGAUCCCCGAGCCCUCGUCGCCAUCCAUGAACUCCGCGCUGCCUCGCCGUCCGCCCACCCCGCCCCGGACGCCGUCUUCCCCGGCCGCGAGGGCCAUUACAUGUUCGAGAUCGUCGGGGCCACGGAUACGCCCGAGGCGUUGGAGGCUAUUCGGGCCUGGGGACAGCCAUUCCAGACGGCGUUGGCACGGACGGAUCCGGGGAAUAUCCUGCCGGCGCCGUAUCUCGCCUUGUCGGCGCCGGAGGAACUGGACAUGCGACGGGUGUUUGGGGCGGAGUACGAGUUUUUGUGCAAAUUGAAGCGGGAGCGUGAUCCGCGGGGCGUGUUUAAUGCGGCGAUCCCGAAGUUCUAGGGCUGCUCCACAUGGCCCGUAUGCGUAAUGUAUCCAUCCUGCAAGAUUUGACUGGUGGCUUGUAAAAUGUAGGAUGAAUCUCACUGCAGGCUUGGAAAUACAGUUGCAGCGUAGAGGAGACUUCGGGGUUGGACAUGAUACUUGAGUGCGG